AUGAAGCGAAUCCUUGUCAUGUCUUACCCUUACAACCAUGGUCAAUACCAAGAUGAUUUUUCUACCCCUUCUACCCCUCAGUAUCCUCAAUGGGAAGUGCUUGAACCUCAACAACAUCAAGAUCCGCAACAAUUAGAAGCAGACUUGCUUACGCCCACGUCCCAACAUCAAGCCAAUACUCCGCAACAGUUAUACCAUACGCCAGCACAUUUAGGGGCGUCUGAGCAUUUUACCACCGCCCAGCCUUCUCCAGUAGAGGCACCACCAGCUCUACUACACCGACAUUCACAUGAAGCCCCGGAAGCUAGCACUUCGACGUGGCAGAGAACGUCCGCACAUCCGUCAUCAUCUCAAGCACUUUCGGGACACGCACCUCUCCGUCGUUCUCCAACUGCUCGUUCCAAGAACCGAACCAACCCAUAUCCGCGCCCACAGAGUACAGGACAGAUAUCCGCAGGUCCGGCAUUGACAAGAGUACACAGAGUCGGAGAAAGAGAAUCUUCUGGUGUCAGAUUUGCUGCUCCGCCAAUUUCUACAUCAGUUUCGUCUGAAAGCAGUUCGACCGCUCCAACGAACGCACCUGGGCCUAUUGUUAGUUUUGGGUCCACUGCUAGCGGCAUGUCGCCUUACACUCCAACCAUAAUGCUGCCACCCAAUACUCCUACUUUUCCUACCACCAACACGUCUGGAGUGCAGCCACUGCAACGCCAACGCCUUCAUGAUCAAGUACCAGCGAGAGGCCAAGAGGCCUUGUUGAGACCUCGACGCUACAUAAUUCGGUCUGACAUUCAGUAUGACCCCAGGACUCAUGUGCUCACGGCAUCGAUGGAGUUGCCUGGCGUGAAUAAGUCACAGUUGACGAUAACUCUUUCUACUUGUCUUAUAAAUCGUAUCAAACAAGUCAUUGUUUUGGCUCAUGCGAGUCCUGUGUUUCCACCUUCACUUGCUAUCGGUGGUGCCGCUGCUGGCAGCUCAUCGGCUGGAGGGGCGAUGGAUGGAAGUAGAGCUACAGCUGGCAGCGGCGACGCUGGCGGAGGGAAUGAGGGGACUUCACAUUACCAAGUUCGAGAGCGACGCUACGGCGAGUUUUCGAGAACAUUUGUUGUUCCAGCCGAAACCGAACUCGAAGACAUCGAUGCAGCGAUGGCGGACGGAUUGCUCACCCUCAAGAUAGCUUGCGGUCCACCAGCAGAAUCCGCUAAUGUGCAAGUCGUACCCAUUCGAUGAGCUCUCGCCUGCAGCUUUGGAGCAAAUCUCUUGAGAACCUUAUGAAUUUCCCUACUCCACCAAUUUUCUUGAAUCGCUCGGAGAGCCCUGCUGUCUCAAAAACGCUGUGCAUAAAUGCUAAGUGUUCAGGAUCUGUUGUUUCUCGCCUGGAACUACUGCGAUACACAUAAUCAUCUCCUUGUAAUACUCC